CGCCAUCUGAGUAUCACGAUCAAGGGCCGGUCCGCCAGAGCUCUCAAUUAACCUCUCACAAUGGCGCCAAUCGACCGCUGCUUGGCCUCCAUGGCCAGGCUAUCCCUCCUCCAGACUCCUCGACCGGCAAUUCCCACGAUACCGAAGUUCCUCGCCCCGGCGGCUGCUCAACAAGUUCGACAGGCUUCGGUUGUGAGAAUCAAGAAGACAAAGAAGAAGAAGGCGUUGCCUAAGGACUUCAAGAGACAUAACUUGGCCAAGAGGGAAUUCCCUCAAUACUCGUUAUGUGAAGCUAUGAGAGUCCUACGAGCCGUUGAAGUUGGACAACCGCCUGCUUCGGUCAAGUACGAAAUUCACAUCAACCUCAAGACCGCCCGAAACGGACCCGUCAUCAAGAACAGCGUCCGACUUCCCCACCCCGUCCAGAGCGAUUGGCAAAUUGCCGUCAUCUGCCCCGAAGGCAGCGAGAUCGCUCAGCAAGCCACCGCCGCAGGUGCUGUAGCCGUCGGUCAAGAAACCCUCUUCGAAGCCAUCAAAAAGGAACAGAUCAACUUCGACCGUCUCAUCUGCCACGAGGCUAGCGAAGGAGCUCUCAACAAAGCCGGUCUAGGAAAAAUCCUCGGUCCCAAGGGUCUCAUGCCCAGCAAGCGUAUGCGAACCAUCGUCCCCGACGUCGUCAAGUCGAUGCGAGACUCUGCUGGUGCAGCUGAUUAUCGUGAGAGACAGGGUGUUAUUCGUAUGGCUAUUGGACAGUUGGGUUACUCGCCGGAUCAGCUCAAGAACAACAUCAAGGUGUUGCUGAACAAGGUCAAGGCAGAGUGUGCGGAGAUUUCAGAGGAAGUGCACAAGGAGGUUCACGAGGUUAUUCUCAGCACAACCCAUGGACCUGGCAUAAGCUUGAAUGGAAAGUUGAAGGAUGCAGAGGAGCAGAUUACCCCCGAGGCAUUGUCGAGCAUCAUGUAAAAAUAGCCUUGAGCUUAUAUAAUUGUAUCAUAUGUCAUAUUAAGAAUAGACCUUGUGAGCGUCGUGGGU